AGUUUGGAAUGAGGGAUGACUUGCGCAAGAUGGAGGUGGUGCGUGUGUCCAGUCGGGAGCUCUAUGCCAAACGACCCUGGGACUGAACACCACCCGAUGAGACAGCCUACAGGGAGGAGUCAGUGACCUAGCAGUGUGGCGCCAUGACAACAACCUCUACCUCAUCAUCAGUGAGACCAAGGAGCUGAUCAUUGACUUAAGGAAACUUGGGGGAGGUGAGCACUCCCCCAUCCACAUUGACUGGGCUGCAGUGGAGCGCUUCAAGUUCCUUUGUGUCCAGGUUGCAAAGGUUUGGCAUGGGGCCUCAGAUCCUCCAAAAGUUCCACAGCUGCACCAUUGAGAGCAUCUUGACUGGCUGCACCACUGCUUGGUAUGGCAACAGCAAUGCACUUGAUCUCAUGGCGCUGGGGUCAACCUCCCUGCCAUCCAGGACUUCUAUAUCAAGUAGAGUGAAAGGAAGGCUACAGUCGCCCUAGCCAUAGACUGUUCUCUCUGCUUCCGCAUGGGAAGUGACACCAGUGCUUCAAGUCUGACACCAACAGACUCCUGAACAGCUUCUAUCCCCAAUCAAUAAUACUGCAAAUAGCUAACAAAAUGGCUACAUGGACUAGCUGAGUGACUCUUGUAUUUGAUCAGUUGUGGAAAAAGUACCCAAUUGUCAUACUUGAGUAAAAAUAAAGAUGCCUUAAUAGACAAUGACUCCAGUGAAAGUCACUCAGUAAAAUACUACUUGAGUAAAUGUUUAAAUGUAUUUGGUUUUAAAUAUACUUAAGUAUCAAAAGUAAAUGUAUCUGCUAAAAUAUACAGUGCAUUCAGAAUGUUUUCAGACCCCUUGACAUUUUCUGCAAUUUAUUACAUUACUGCCUUGAUUUUAAAUGAAUAAAAUCAAAUAAAAUCCUCGUUAGUCUACACACAAUACCCCAUAAUGACAAAGCGAAAACAGUUUAUUUUAGAAUUCAGACUCUUUGCUAUGAGACUUGAAAUUGAGCUCAGAUGUAUCCUGUUUCCUUUUAUUAUCCUUGAGAUGUUUCUACAACUUGAUUGGAGUCCACCUGUGGUAAAUUCAAUUGAAUGGACAUUAUUUGGAAAGGCACACACCUGUCUAUGUAAGGUCCCACAUUUGACAGUGCAUGUCAGAGCAAAAAUCAAACCAUGAGGUCAAAAGAAUUUGGCCGUAGAUCUCUAAGAUAGGAUUGGGUCGAGGCACAGAUCUGGGGAAGGGUACCAAAAAACGUCGGCAACACUGAAGGUCCCCAAAAACAGUGGCCUCCAUCAUUCUUAAAUGGAAGAAGUUUGGAACCACCAAGACUCUUCCUAGAACUGUCCGCCCAGCCUAACUGAGCAAUCGGGGGAGAAGGGCCUUGGGCAGGGAGGUGAACAAGAAUACAGUAGUCACUGACAGAGCUCCGGAGUGUGGAGAACCAUCCAGAAGGACAACCAUCUCUGUAGCACUCCACCAAUCAGGCCUUUAUGGUAGAGUGGCCAGAUGGAAGCCACUCCUCAGUAAAAGGUACAUGAAAGAGUGCUUCGAGUUUGCCAAAAGGCACCUAAAGACUCUCAGACCAUGAGAAACAAAAUUCUUUGGCCUGAAUGCUUAGCGUCAUGUCUGGAGGAAACCGUGCACCAUCCCUGCAGUGAAGCAUGGUGGUGUUAGCAUCCUGUUGUGGGGAUGUUAUUCAGUGGCAGAGACUGGUCAGGAUCGAGGAAAGAUGAAUGGAGCAAUGUACAUAGAGAUCCUUGAUGAAAACCUGCUCUAGAGUGCUCAGGACUUCAGACUGGGGGCAAAGGUUCACAACGACCCUAAGCACACAGCCAGACAACAUAGGAGUGGCUUCAGGACAAGUCUCUGAAUGUCCUUGAGUGGCCCAGGCAGAGCCUAGACUUGAACCCGAUCGAACAUCUCUGGCGAGACCUGAAAAUAGCUGUGCAGCGACACUCCCCAUCCAACCUGACAGAGCUUGAGAGGAUCUGUAGAGAAGAAUGGGAGAAACUGCCCAAAUACAGGUGUGGCGUCAUAUCUAAGAAGACUCGAGGCAGUAAUCGCUGCCAAAGGUGCUUCAACAAAGUACUGAGUAAAGGGUCUGAAUACUUAUGUCAAUGUGAUAUUUCAGUUUUGUAUUUUUAAUAUAUUUGCCAAAAUUUCUAAAACCCUGUUUUUGUUUUGUCAUUAUGGGGUAUUGUAUUUAGAUUGAUGAGGGGGGGAAAUUAUUUAAUCAAUUAUAGAAUAAGGGUGUAACGUAAAGAGGAGCUCCUGAGUGGCCAGCGGUCUAAGGCACUGCAUCGCAGUGCUAGAGGCUUCACUUCAGACCCUGGUUCGCUCCCGGUCUGUAUCACAACCGGCCGUGAUUGGGAGUCCCGUAGGGCAGUGCACAAUUGGUCCGUGGCAGUGCACAAUUGGUCCGUGUCUGGGUUACAGGAGGGCUUGGCCGGGGGGGGGGGUUUAACUUGGCUCAUCGCGCUCUAGCAACUCCUUGUGGCAGGCCCAGGCGCCUGCAGGCUGACUACGGUCAUCAGGUGAACAGUGUUUUCUCCGACACAUUGGUUGACUGACUUCCGGGUUAAGCGGGUGGGUGUUAAGAAGUGUGGUUUGCCGGGUCAUGUUUCGGAGGACGCAUGACUCGACCUUUGCCUCCCGAGCCCGUUGGAGUUGCAGCGAUGAGACAAGAUCGAAAUUGGGGAGAAAAAGGAGUUAAAAUAUUUUAAUACAUUUUAAAAUAAGGCUGUAACAAAAUGUGGAAAAAGUCAAGGGGUCUGAAUAUUUUCCGUAUCGACAGUUGAAUUCGGAAGUUUACAUACACCUUAGCCAAAUACAUUUAAAGUCAGUUCACAAUUCCUGACAUUUAAAACUCUAAAAAUUCCCUGUCUUAUGUCAGUUAGAUCACCGUUUUAUUUUUAUGUGAAAUGUCAGAAUAAUAGCGGAGAAUGAUUUAUUUCAUCUUUUAUUUCUUUCAUCACAUUCCCAGUGGGUCAGAAGUUUACAUACACUCCAUUAGUAUUUGGUAGCAUUGCCUUUAAAUUGUUUAACUUGGGUCAAACGUUUCCGGUAGCCUUCCACAAGCUUCCCACAAUAAGUUGGGUGAAUUUUGGCCCAUUCCUCCUGACAGAGCUGGUGUAACUGAGUCAGGUUUGUAGGCCUCCUUGCUCACACAUGCUAGGAUAUAGGAUUGAGGUCAGGGCUUUGUGAUGGCCACUCCAAUACCUUGACUUUGAUGUCCUUAAGCCUGCCACACCUUUGAAAGUAUGCUUGGGGUCAUUGUCCAUUUGGAAGACCCAUUUGCGACCAAGCUUUAACUUCCUGACUGAUCGCUUGAGAUGUUGCUUCAAUAUAUCCACAUCAUUUUCCUAUCCUCAUGAUGCCAUCUAUUUUGUGAAGUGCACCAGUCCCUCCGGCAGCAAAGCACCCCCACAACAUGAUUCUGCUGUGCGUUCCAUGCUUCACGGUUGGGAUGGUGUUCUUCGGGAUUGCAAGCCUCCCCCUUUUCCCUCCAAACAUAACGAUGGUCAUUAUGACCAAACAGUUCUAUUUUUGUUUCAUCAGACCAGAGGACAUUUCUCCAAAAAGUACGAUCUUGGCCCCAUGUGCAGUUGCAAACCAUAUUGUGGCCUUUUUAUAGCGUUCUUUGAUUACAGAUGGUGGUCACACCAGAUACUGACUAGUUUUUGGAUCCACACUCCUACCUUUUUUUUAGGUACACUACAUGACCAAAAGUAUCUAAACACCUGCUCGUCGAACAUGUCAUUCCAAAAUCAUUGCCAUUAAUAUGGAGUUGGUCCCCCCUUUGCUGCUCCACUCUUCUGGUAAGGCUUUCCACUAGAUGUUGGAACAUUGCUGCGAGGACUUGCUUCCAUUCAGGCACGAGCAUUAGUGAGGUUGGGCGAUUAGGCUUGGCUAGCAGUCGGCGUUCUAAUUCAUCCCAUAGGUGUUCGAUGGGGCAGAGGUCAGGGCUCUGUGCAGGCCAGUCAAGUUCUUCCACACCGAUUUCGACAAACCAUUUCUGUAAUGAGCCCGGGGGGCAUUGUCAUACUGAAACAGGAAACGGCCUUCCCCAAACUGUUGCCACAAAGUUGGAAGCACAGAAUUGUCUAGAAUGUCAUUGUGUGCUGUAGCGUUCAUUUCCUUUCACUGGAACUAAGGAGCCUGAACCAUGAAAAACAGCCAUUAUUACCAUUAUUACUCCAACAAACUUUACAGGUGGCACUGUGCAUUGGAGCAGGUAGCGUUCUCCUGGCAUCCGCCAAACCCAGAUUUGUCUGUCAGUCCCAGAUGAUGAAGCGUGAUUCAUUACUCCAGAGAACGCAUUUCACUCCAGAGAACGCAUUGCUCCAGAGUCCAAUGGCGGUGAGCUUUACACCACUCCAGCCGACACUUGGCAUUGCGCAAGGUGAUCUUAGGCUUGUGUGCGGCUGCUCGGCCAUGGAAAAUUAUUUCAUAUAGUUCCCGAUGAACAGUUCUUGUGCUGACGUUGCUUCCAGAAGCAGUUUGGAACUCUGUAGUGAGUGUUGCAACUGAGGACAGACAAUUUUUACGCACUACGUGCUUCAGCGCUCAGCGGUCCCGUUCUGUGAGCUUGUGUGGCCUACCACUUCUCAGCUGAGCCAUUGUUGCUCCUAAACAUUUCCACUUCACAAUAACAGCACCUACAGUUGACCGGGGCAGCUCUAGCAGGGCAGAAAUGUGAUGAACUGAUUAGUUGGAAAGGUGGCAUCCUAUGACGAUGCCAUGUUGAAAGUCACAGCUCUUUAGGAAGGCCAUUCUACUGCCAAUGUUUGAUUAUGGAGAUUGCAAGACCGUGUGCUCGAUUUUAUAUACCUGCCAGCAACAGUAUGGCUGAAAUAGUAGAAUCCACUAUUUUGAAGGGUUGUCCACAUACUUUUGUGUCUAUAUAUAGUGGAUCUGUGACCAACAGAUGCGUAUCUGUAUGCCCAGUCAGGUGAAAUCCAUAGAUUAGGGUCUAAUGGGGGUCUGUCAAUCGACUGAUUUCUUUAUGAAUUGUAACUCAAUAAAAUCUUUGAAAUUGUUGCAUUUAAAUAUUUGUUCAAUAUAAAUAGGAUGACUAAAGACAUUAGAGUAUAGGGAACACAAUGUUAGAUGGCCUGACUGCUACUGUCUGAGCAGAGAUGAUUACUUUAAGGAAAGAAAACAAAUUAAGUAAUAAAAUAGAAACAAAGUAAGAUACACAACUGAAAUAGUUUUCAUUUCAUAGUAAUUUCCUGUUCUUCUGAUGUCUACCCAAUGUGGACCUGACAUAGGUAAUGGAAUAGUUUCAAUGUUUUGGCAAUUACAUUUCACUAUUGUGGGCAUUGUUGCUUCAUUAUUUCAUAAUACAAUUAAUGUAAACAAAAUUGGAAUCGACACCAAUACCGUGAUUAUUUUAAAAUAAUCGAACCGACCUCAAAAGCACUACAAAGGGAUAUUCAGUGUCUUUUUUUUUUUUUUUUUUACACAUCUACCAUUUGAGGCUCUUUGUGAGGCAUUGAAAAACUUCCCUGCUCUUUGUGGUUGAAUCUGUGCUUGAAAUGAACCACUGGAUUGAGGGACCUUACAAUUAUCUGUAUGUGUGGGGUACAGAGAUGGGGUAGUCCUAAAACAAUCAUGUUAACCACUAUUAUUGAACACAGAAUGAGUCCAUGCAAAUUAUUAUGUGAUUUGUUAAGCACAUGUCUACUCCUGAACUUAUUUAGGCUUGCCAUAACAAAGGGGUUGAAUACUUAUUGACUCGACAUGUCAGCCUUUUGUUUUUUAGUAAUUUAGAAAGUCUUCUAUAAACAAAGUUCCACUUUGACAUUAUGGGGUAUUGUGUGUAGGCCGGUGACACAAUCUCAAUUUAAUCAAUUUCAAAUUCAGGCUGUAACACAACAACAUUUAGAAAAAGUAAAGGGGUGUGAAUACUUUCUGAAGGCACAUUAGCUUACUUUCUCGUAUUUUUAUUUCGUCUUUUUGUUCUACCUAAUGUUUUUUGAAGUUGUUGUACUACAUUGAUAUUGAUUGCUGGGUUUAGCGCUUGCAAUAAAGGCAUUUCACUGUACUUGUGAAUGUGACAUUUAACUUGAUUAGUCUGCCCACUGUUGUGGUGUACCUGUCCAGGUGUGAACCCUCGGGUGAAGUCUGGCCGCUUUAUGAAGCUCCUACCGGACUACGAGCACAUGGACUACAGGGACGUGUACAGGCACUUGCUGCACCCAUACAGACACAUCCUGGGUCUUUGGCAGCCUGACAUAGGCCCGUACGGAGGGCUGCUCAACGUGGUGGUUGACGGGCUGUUCAUCAUUGGCUGGAUGUACCUGCCACCCCACGACCCUCGGGUCGAGGAUCCCAUGAGGCGGCGGCCACUCUUCCGCAUCCACAUGUGGGAGAGCAACAAGGUGGCGGUAGAGUGCAUGUACGGACACAAGGGCCCUCACAAGGGGGACAUCCAAACUGGGAAGAAGGACGAGUUCUCGACUAAGUGCAACCAGACAGAUCAUCACCGCAUGCCAGGGGGGAGACAGGAGGAGUUCCGCACAUGGCUGGAGGAGGAGUGGGGGAGGACACUGGAGGACAUCUUCCAUGAGCACAUGCAGGAGCUCAUUCUUAUGAAGUUCAUCUACACAAGCCAAUACGAUAACUGCCUGACGUACCGGCGGAUCUACCUCCCCCCCCGGAUGUCCUCGGACCUGCUGCAGCCGGGCCUGUUCAAAGGCACCUAUGGCAGCCACGGCCUGGAGAUCGUCAUGCUCAGCUUUCAUGGGCCCUGCGCCAGGGCCACCAAGCUUACUGGGGACCCCAAUGUCCCAGCAGGCCAGCUAACGCUUGACGUGGACCUGAACCGGCCUGUGUGCCUGCCGGACCUGGAGCACCAGCGCAGCAUGGAAGAGCUGUCUCGCCUGGUGCUGGGGGUGCACGAGGAGGCGCCGAACCCAGAUGUGGCCCCCCAGGGGGCUGCUUCAGAGGGGGUUGUGGCUGGUGGUGCUGGGGCAGCGGGGCUGGAGUUGGCUAUGGAAGCCCAAUCAGAGAGCCCCCAGCCUGGGCCCAGUAGCAGCAGCAGCAGUGCUCCCUCAGAGGCCCAGCCUUUCGUCCUGCCUCUGGGGGUCAUGACCCGCAAUGAGGUUUACCCACGAACCUGCAAGAUGUGCUUCUACGGGACGGGCCUGAUUGCAGGCCACGGCUUCACAAGUCCGGAGCGCACACCGGGCCUGUUUGUCUUGUUCGAUGAAGACCACUUCGGCUUCAUCUGGCUAGAGCUCAAGUCGUUCAGCCUUUACAGCCGCCUGACGGACCGGCUGGCCCACGCCUAUGCCCCCGACAUGGAGCACUUUGAGGCCAUGCUGCGCAACAUGCAGUCUUGGACAUCCUGAUGGGGCAGACAGACACAGGCUUACCUAGACCACGUACACACAUCCCGAGUGUUGACCGCACCUGGAAAACAUUUGGGGACCUAGUUGUAACCUAUAACUAAGACCCGUUGUUUUUUCCUGAUCAGGUUAUGUGGUUAGGCAAAACUCUUGGCCUUAAUUAUCACUCAUGUAUGUAUAUCUUUCCCCUAUAGAACCCCUAAAUGCUGAUACACAGAAAAGCCCCAUAUUUACUACCCCUGUAGAAUCUCUACUGUACACAGCUUCACAAUCCCAAAUCACCUCCACACUGUCCCACACAUUUCUGGCCCUGGCCAGAAACAACCUUUUGCCCUACCCCCUAGGCACCUGAAGUAUCCUUGCUCCCUGUUCCAUGUUUCCCCUCUUUUCACCUCCACACGACAUCAGUAUCUCUUCUGCGGCAUACCCAGAGGUCAUAUGACAUGACAAAGGCUUCCUUAACAGCUUCUUGUUAUUAAUUUAAACCAGAGAAGAGGAUUUAACUUUUCAUCCCACAAACACCGGAACAAACGCUCCGUGCCUCUGAGUUGUAAUUUAUACACCAUGUCUGUAUUGCCUAAUGCUACAGUGCCUUGCAAAGUGUUUUUCCUAUUUUGUUGCAUUACAACCUUUAAUUUUAAAUGAUUUUUAUUUCGAUGUCAUAUAAUUGACAUGAAAAAAAUGGUCCAAUCUGGUGAAGUGAAAUGAAAAAAAUAAGUUAAUGAAAAGGGGGAAAAGUGGUGCGUGCAUAUGUAUUCAUCCACUUUGCUAUGAAUCCCAUAAAUAAGAUCUGGUGCAACCAAUUACCUUCAGAAGUCACAUAAUUAGAUUGCACACAGGUGGACUUUAUUUAACUAAGUGUCACAUGAUCUCUAUAUAUACACCUGUUCUGAAAGGUCCCAGAGUCUGCAACACCACUAAGCAAGUGGCACCACCAAGCAAGCGGCACCAUGAAGACCAAGGAGCUCUCCAAACAGGUCAGGGACAAAGUUGUGGAGAAGUACAGAUCAGGGUUGGGUUAUAUACAAAUAUCAGAAACUUUGAACAUCCACAGAGUACCAUUAAAUCCAUUAUUAAAAAAUGGAAGAAUAUGGCAACUCAACAAACCUGACAAGAGAGGGCGGCCCACCAAAACUCACGGACCAGGCAAGGAGGGCAUUAAUCAGAGAGGCAACAAAGACCAAAGAUAAUCUUGAAGGAGCUGCAACGCUCCACAGGGAGAUUGGAGUAUCUGUCCAUAGGACCACUUUAAGCUGUGCACUCCACACAGCUGGGCUUUACGGAAGAGUUGCCAUAAAAAAGCCAUUGUUUAAGGACAAAAAUAAGCAAAAACGUUUGGUGUUUGCCAAAAGGCAUGUGGGAGACUCCCCAAACAGAUGGAAGAAGGUACUCUGGUCAGAUGAGACUAAAAGGUAGCUUUUUGGCCAUCAAAGAAAACGAUAUGUCUGGCACAAACCCAACACCUUUCAUCACCCCGAGAACAUCAUCCCCACACUGAAGCAUGGUGGUGGAAGCAUCAUGCUGUGGGGAUGUUUUUCAUUGGCAGGGACUGGGAAACGGGUCAGAAUUGAAGAAAUGAUGGAUGGGAAUACAGGGAAAUUCUUGAGGGAAACCUGUUUCAGUCUUCCAGAGAUUUGAGACUGGGACGAAGGUUCCCCUUCAAGCAGGACAAUGACCCUAAGCAUACUGCUAAAGUAACACUUGAGUGGUUUAAGGGGAAACAUUUAAAUGUCUUGGAAUGGCAUAGUCAAAUCCCAGACCUCAAUCCAAUUGUGAAUCUGUGGUGUGACUUAAAGAUUGCUGUACACCAGCAGAACCCAUCCAACUUGAAGGAGCUGGAGCAUUUUUUUCUUGAAGAAUGGGCAAAAAUCCCAGUGGCUAGAUGUGCCAAGCUUAUAGAGACAUACCCCAAGAGACUUGCAGCUGUAAUUGCUGCAAAAGGUGUCUCUACAAAGUAUUGACUUUGGGGCGGUGAAUAGUUAUGCACGCUCAAGUUCAGUUUGUCUUAUUUCUUCUUUGUUUCACAAUAAAACAUAUUUUGCAUCUUCAAAGUGGUAGGCAUGUGUAAAUCAAAUGAUAUAAACCCCCCCCCCAAAAAUCAAUUUUAAUUCCAGGUUGUAAGGCAACAAAAUAGGAAAAAUGCCAAGGGUGGGUAAAUAAUUUUGCAAGUCACUGUAAGAGAAGCGAAUGGAAUUUCUACUAAAGCUGUUAUUCUUUGAUUUUGUUUGGAUGCAUGCUGCAUUUUCAGUUUAAUGCCACCUGUUUCCAAUACUCUUAUUCACAAUCUGAGACACUUUUGGUUUGCUAUAUAUUUGUGUGUACAUUGCUCUUAGUUUGGUUCACAGGUGGCAUUAUGGUUUUAGAAAAGAUCUCCUGUGCUUUUACUCUUUUCGUCACAUGGUCAAGGAAAAUAUAAUUUAUUUUAAUAUUACAAUAUUACACAAUUGGGCAUUUGCAUAUCAGAAAUUACAACUUUAUUUUCUAAAUACUUCUGAUGGAUAGUAUGUAGUAAAAUGGAAAUAUUUAAUGACUGGAUGUUUCAACAUUUUAGUAUUUUCUACAUGUUGGCAAAAAGCUUACGUUGUACUGUAGCUGUAUCAGCCAUUUGUAGUUAGACUGAUAGCAUAUUGCCCUAUUGGAUGCUUUUAACAGGAUGUUAUAAAGAUAUUGCAACACCAGUUAGGAUAAUGCCCGUUUGCAAAACAUUGUACAACACAAAAUGCUAUUCAAGGUUCUCAUCUUUAUUCCCAUUUGGACCCCAGGAAGAGUAGCUGCUGCUGCCUUGGUAGCAGCUAAUGGGGAUCCUACUGAAUAUUAAAUCAUACUGUACAUUUACGUUGCGAAAAGUGUAUGACUGUCUCCCAUGGCCUGACGGUGGCACCCAGGGGCUCUCCUUUUUCAAGUGCACUUUUCUUGGCAGUACAGUGGAUGGUUUUGUCUCAACUCCUCUAUGGAUUCCUUUCCAUGAUCCCUUUCCUUCAUGACCACGAAUGGCUGAAGGGACUGGAAGGGUUUUCCACUGUGGCUUUCCCCCAUCUUCUCCUGACGACAGGUCCGUGAUCAUGGAUUGCAGGACAUAAGGAAAGGAAGCUAAGUUGAUAGUAUUGAGACCGUCACUAACUCAGAGGCUCCAUUCAAAGCAGUUCUUUUGUAUCAGACUGCAGCUUUACUAACGUUUGAAAAAAAAAAGCUAUAGAGAGAGUAAAGAAGUAAUAUGUAAAUGGAACCUAUUUAAUAAGCAUAUUUUAAAUAAUUUUUUUUUGUGACAGCUGUAGAAAUUUGCAUCAUCACUUGGUUGAUUUGAGUUUUGUAAGCAAUGUCGCUCAUCUGUUGUGUAAGUAGCGCUUCUGUGGUCAGCUGUUUAAAUGAAGCAGUCGUGCGCUUUGUAAAUCCCAGAGGCACAACCCUGCUUGAAACCUGUUAGACCUGUUGAACUGCUCACUCUGACUUCAGUUUUGCAGUUUCUCUUAACAAUAAUAAAAAUAAAAAAACAAAUUUUCCUCUUUCCCAUUUCACACGUUUUGGAGCAUAGCAUAAGGUAACCAGUCCAACCAGUAUGCAUAAUAAUACUGUCCACACAGGCGAUUCCUAGAUUUUGUUUAAUUUGAGUAUAGGCUAGAGUCAGACCAAUUAUGCACAAAAUACAUCUUAAAUCAGUUUUGUUAAAUUGCCAAGUGUAAAAUGCAGUCGGCUAUGUAUUGUGUAAUGGCGCAAUCCUAAUAUGUUUUGUUUUGUGUGGGAGCUUGGGCUCAAAAAGUCUAAAAUGCAAAUGGUUUAACCGGUUAAACUUCUUUCUUCAAAUUGAUCAAUCACAGUGAGGCAAGUUUUAAAAUCAAAUUGUAUGUCACAUGUGCCGAAUACAACAUGUGUAGACCAUACUGUGAAAUGCUUACAAGCCCUUAACCAACAAUGCAGUUAAUAAAACUGUGUUAAGUAAAAAAUAGAUAAGUAAAAAAUAAUUAAAGAGCAGCAGUAAAAUGACGAGAGGCUAUGUACACUACCGGUCAAAAGUUUUAGAACACCUGCUCAUUCAAUGGUUUUUCUUUAUUUUACAAUUUUCUACAUUGUAGAUUAAUAGUGAAGACAUCAAAAUUAUGACAGCACAUAUGGAAUCAUGUUGUAACGCAAAAAAAGUGUUUAUAAAAUAUAUUUUCAUUUGUUUUUUAGCCACCCUCAAAUAGCUACCAUUUGUCUUAAUGACAGCUUUGCACAAGCUUGGCAUUCUCUCAACCAGCUUCAUCCUGGAAUGCUUUUCCAACAGUCUUGAAGGAGUUCCCACAUAUGCUGAGCACUUGUUGGCUGCUUUUCCUUCACUCUGUGGUCCAACAUCCCAAGCCAUCUCAUUUUGGUUGAGGUCAGAGGAUUGUGGAGGCCAGGUCAUCUGAUGCAGCACUCCAUCACUCUCCUUCUUGGUCAAAUAGCCCUUACACAGCCUGGAAGUGUGUUGGGUCAUUGUCCUGUUGAAAAACAAAUGAUAGUGGGACUAAGCCCAAAACAGAUGGGAUGGCGUAUCGCUGCAGAAUGCUGUGGUAGCCAUGAUGGUUAAGUGUGCCUUGCAUUCUAAAGAAAUCACUGACUGUGUCACCAUCAAGCACCCCCACACCAUAACAGCUCCCCCGUGCUUUACGGUGAGAAAUACACAUGUGGAGAUCAUCCGUUCACCCUCACCACAUCUCACAAAGACACUGCGGUUGGAACCAAAAAUCUCAAAUUUGGACUCCAGACCAAAGGACACAUUUCCACAGGUCUAAUGUCCAUGGCUCGUGUUUCUUUGCCCAAGCAAGUGUCUUCUUCUUAUUGGUGUUCUUCAGUAGUGGUUUCUUUGCAGCAGUUUGACCAUGAAGGCCGGAUUCCUCUGAACAGUUGAUGUUGAGUUACUUGAACUCUGUGAAGCAUUUAUUUGGGCUUCAAUUUCUGAGGCUAGUAAUUCUAAUGAACUUAUCCUCUGCAGCAGAGGUAACUCUGGGUCUUCCAUUCCUGUGGCGGUCCUCAUGAGAGCCAGUUUCAUCAUAGCUCUUGAUAGUGCGACUGCAAUUGAUGAAGCUUUCAAAGUUUUUGAAAUGUUCCGCAUUGAAUGACCAUGUACUUUAAAGUAAUGAUGGAAUGUCGUUUCUCUUUGCUUAUUUGAGAUUUUCUUGCCAUAAUAUGGACUUGGUCUUUUACCAAAUAGGGCUAUCUUCUGUAAACCACCCCUACCUUGUCACAACACAACUGAUUGGCUCAAACGCAUUAAGAAAUUCCACAAAUGAACUUUUAAGGCACACCUGUUAAUUGAAAUGCAAUCCAGUUGACUACUUCAUAAAGCUGGUUGAGAGAAUGCCAAGAGUGUGCAAAACUGUCAUCAAAGUAAAGGGUGGCUAUUUGAAGAAUCUCAAAUAUAAAAUAUAUUUUGACUUUUUUGGUUACUACAUGAUUCCAUAUAUGUUAUUUCAUAGUUUUGAUGUCUUCACUAUUACUCUACAAUGUAGAAAAUUGGCUUGGGGGUAGAAGCUGUUGAGAAGCCUUUUGGACCUAGUCUUGGCGCUCCGGUACCGCUUGCCGUGCAGAAGCAGAGAGAACAGUCUAUGACUAGAGUGGCUGGAGUCUGACAAUUUUUAAGGCCUUCCUCUGACACCGCCUGGUAUAGAGGUCUGGAUCGCAGGAAGCUUGACCCAGUGAUGUACUGGGCCGUACGCACUACCCUCUAGUGCCUUGUGGUCAGAGGCCGAGCAGUUGCCAUACCAGGCAGUGAUGCAACCAGUCAGGAUUCUUUUGAUGGUGCAGCUGUAGAACUUUGAUCUGAGGACCCAUGCCAAAUCUUUUCAGUCUCCUGAGGGGGAAUAGGCUUUGUCGUGCCCUCUUCAUGACUGUCUUGGUGUGCUUGGACCAUGAUAGUUUGUUGAUGUGGACACCAAGGAACUUGGCACUCUAAACCUACUACACUACAGCCCCGUUGAUGAGAAUGGGGGUGUGCUAUGUCUUUUUCCUGUAUUCCUCUCAUCUCCUUUGUCUUGAUCAUAUUUGAAGGAGAGGUUGUUGUCCUUGCACCACACAGCCAGGUCAGUGACCAAAUCCCUAUAGGCUGUCUCAUAGUUGUCGUUGAUCAGGCCUACCACUGUUGUGUCAUCAGCAAACUUAAUGAUGGUGUGCCUGGCCAUGCCUGAACAGGGAGUACAGGAGGGGACUGAGCACGCACCCCUGAGGGACCCCCGUGUUGAGGAUCAGCGUGGUGGAUGUGUUGUUACCUACCCUUACCACCUGGGGGCGGCCUGUCAGGAAGACUAGGAUCCAGUUGCAGAGGGAGGUAUUUAGUCCCAGGGCCCUUAGCUUAGUGAUGAGCUUUGAGGGCACUAUGGUGUUGAAUGUUGAGCUGUAGUCAAUGAAUAGCAUUCUCACAUAGGUGUUCCUUUUGUCCAGGUGGGAAAGGGCAGUGUGGAGUGCAAUAGAGAUUGCAUCAUCUGUAGAUCUGUUAGUGAGGUAUGCAUAUUGGAGUGGGUCUAAAGUUUCUGGGAUAAUGCUGUUAGUGUGAGCCAUGACCAGCCUUUCAAAGCACUUCAUGGCUACAGAUGUGAGUGCUAUGGGUCGGUAGUCAUUUAGGCAGGUUACCUUUAGUGUUCUUGGGCCCUUGCCAGUUUGUCAGAGCAUGGUCGGAGUACAAGUCCUGGUAAUCCGUCUGGCUCUGCAGCCUUGUGAAUAUUGACCUGUUUAAAGGUCUUACUAACAUCGGCUACGGAGAGUGUGAUCACGCAGUUGUCCGGAAUAGCUGAUUUUCUCAUGCAUGUUUCAGUGUUAUUUGCCUAGAAGCAAACAUAAAGUAAUUUAGCUUGUCUGGUAGGCUUGUGUCACUGGGUAGCUCGCAGCUUUGCUUCCCUUUGUAGUCUGUAAUAGGUUGCAAGCCCUGCCACAUCCGACGAGCGUCUGAGCCGGUGUAGUACGAUUCGAUCUUAGUCCUGUAUUGACGCUUUGCCUGUUUGAUGGUUCGUCGGAGGGUAUAGCAAGUUUUCUUAUAAGAUUCCAGGUUAGAGUCUCGCUCCUUGAAAGCGGCAGCUCUACCCGUUAGCUCAGUGCGGAUGUUGCCUGUAAUCCAUGGCUUCUGGUUGGGGUAUGUACGUACAGUCACUGUGGGGACGACGUCAUCGCUACACUUAUUGAUGAAGCCAGUGACUGAUGUGUACUCCUAAAUGCCAUUUAGAAGAAUUAGUUUUUCCCCCUCUGGUUGCACAUUUUAACAUUCUGGUAGAAAUUAGGUCAAACAGAUUUAAGUUUCCCUACAUUAAAGUCCCCGGCCACUAGGAGCGCUGCCCCUGGAUGAGAAUUUUCCUGUUUGCUUAUGGCCGUAUACAGCUCAUUGAGUGCGGUCUGAGUGCCAGCAUCGGUUUGUGGUGGUAAAUAGACAGCUAUGAAAUAUAUAGAAGAAAACUGUCUUAGUAAAUAGUGUGGUCUACAGCCUUUCAUGAGAUACUCUACCUCAGGUGAGCAAAACCUUGAGACUUCCUUAGAUAUUGUGCACCAGCUUUUGUUUACAAAUAUACAUAGACCGCCACCCCUUGUCUUACCAGAGGCUAUUGUUCUAUCCUGCCGAUACAGUGUGUAAGAGAACCCCAAAUCAAUGUAGUUCUCAUCAUACUUGCGCUUCGUCGAUGGUCCAACGUCCCUGUCUGUUGUUCGGUGCUUUCUUGGGUAAGGGGGCAGUAGCUCUUCUGCUGCAUCAGAUUCACAACUGUGAGUGUCCAUGUUAGCUGGGCUAGCAACAAAUGUAGAAUUACUGAUGCUAGCAUUGGAUGUGCUUGUGGAAGCAGAACAACUUGUGGUCGACAGGUGCAGGUGUAGUACUGCUGGUAGUAGCAGUACUACCAGUAGAGUUGGUAUGCGUCUCUAUGGACACGGGCAUUAUUUUUUUUUUUACCAUUUAUCCAUUUUCGAGCAGCCUCGUUUGGCUACAUAGAGAUCGUUAGUGGAAUUCCUGUGAGAGAGUAACAAUUAAUGUGAUUGGAUGUUUAUUAUUUGACUAGGCUAUCUGUAUUUGGCAUUGUGUUGUUAUUUCACUGAACAUAAGAUAGUUAAAUUUUAUUUUUGGCAGUGAGAAUGCUACUCGGGUUAGUAAAAAUCCUCACCCAACAGUAUAGCCCCCUAGGAAAAUAUAAAUGGACUGUUUGAAAACGUGAAAUAUGUAUUUUUUAUUAUAAAAGACAAUGUGAAUCACAUUUUUAUUUGGCGUACCCCCGACGGCAUUGCGCGUUCCCCUGGAGUCUCACUCUUUUCCCCUCAAUGUGUUCCGGUACCUCAAAGCCCCCCUGGGUAUGAGCUGACAAAUAGGUGAGCGGCUGCUUGUGUCUCUCAAACCAUAGAAAGUAUAGGCUAAUGCAUGUUUUCAUGUUAAUUUGUAUGGAGGGGGGGUUUUAUAGCCGUUGUAAGAGCAGGAAUGGUAAACAUAGCAUCCCCAAACAGCUUAGUGAGUACAUCAUGGUUUUUCACCCGAUUUACAGAGGUUCCCAGGUAUUCAUCUGCUAUCAGCUCAGUUAUCCACUGAUCCUUUUGCUGAAGGAGACAAAUACCAUUUAGUGUAGCCACAUUUUUAUCUGUGCAAUGUCUUGGCAGGUGUGACUGGAGUCUCUUACAUCAGGGUAGAAUAAUGCCAGAAAAGGCAUGACCUGCUCCCGGUCAAUUCCAUCCACCCAGGAAUUAACAGUGAAGGAAAAGCAGCCAACAAGUGUUCAGCAUAUGUGAGAACUCCUUCCAGACGGUUGGAAAGCAUUCCAGGUGAAGCUAGUUGAGAGAAUGCCAAGAGUGUGCAAAGCUCUCAAGGCAAAGGGUGGCUACUUUGAAGAAUCUCAAAUAUAUUUGGUUACUACAUGAUUUCAUGUGUUAUUCCAUAGUUUUGAUGUCUUCACUAUUAUGCUACAAUGUAGAAAAUAGUACAAAUAAAGGAAAACCCUGGAAUGAGUAGGUGUGACCAGGAGGGUGUUCUACUCAUUGAUUUAUGUGGCUGGGUUGUAUGGUUCCCAAUUAUGCGCAGCUGGUAAUCGUUGCCUCUAAUUGGGGAUCAUAUUUAGGAAGCCCUUUCUCCCACCUGCUUUGUGGGAUAUUGUGUAUGUGCUUGUUGCACUACGUUCCCGUGUCGCUGUUGGUUUGUAGAAGUUUCACCUUGCAUUAAAAAUGUGUAACUAUAA